AGCAAGCAUUCCCACCAAUAUCCAGUUUCCCACCUUCUUACAUUGCGGUAUAACCAUGAUGGUAUCGAUCAAACAAAUACCCAAACAUCAUCAUAACCCCGGAACAGGUUUUUUGGAAGAGAAUACUUUAAAUUCCUAAAAUAAAAUGUUAAAUCUGCACGAAAAGUUGCACAAAUUCCGAGCCGUAUAUUAUAAAAAUAAAUGAUUCUUUUUACAGUCAGCCGUUGUAGAUCACUUGUUCUAAAAGUAGUAAAAUAAUACAGGUUCUAAAUUCCAAUAACUAGAAAAAAAUUAUAUGUAAACAAACAGUUGGGUUAUCAAUAUAAUUCGAUAAUCAAAACUUAAAAAAUUCGAACUUACAAUAAUUCCAGCUGAGCUUUGAGGUUCAGCGAUAAUAAAUCCACCGGGCUACCGAUACCACUGGAAUUUGUAUUCAUUCAUUUGAAAAUGUUCAAGAAUACUUUCCAAAGUGGUUUCUUAUCCAUCUUGUACAGCAUUGGCAGCAAGCCACUGCAAAUUUGGGAUAAAAAAGUGAGAAAUGGUCACAUAAAGAGGAUCACAGACAAUGACAUUCAGAGUUUAGUUUUGGAAAUUCUUGGCAGUAAUGUUAGCACCACUUACAUAACGUGUCCAGCCGAUCCAAGGAAAACUCUUGGCAUAAAACUGCCAUUCUUAGUGAUGAUUAUCAAGAACCUGAAGAAAUACUUCACAUUUGAAGUACAGGUAAUAGACGAUAAAAAUGUCCGGCGCAGAUUUCGAGCAAGUAAUUAUCAAUCAACGACAAGAGUGAAACCAUUCAUAUGCACGAUGCCAAUGCGAUUGGAUGAUGGAUGGAACCAAAUUCAGUUUAACCUUGCGGACUUCACCCGAAGAGCUUAUGGGACAAAUUAUGUAGAAACACUGAGGGUUCAAAUUCACGCAAAUUGCAGAAUACGAAGAGUGUACUUUUCUGAUAGACUCUAUUCGGAAGAUGAGCUACCUGCGGAAUUUAAGCUCUUCCUUCCUAUACAAAACAAAGCAAAAUGUUGAUUUUAAGUAACCGCUAUUUUAACAAUUAACUCAUAUGACAAAGAUUUUCCUUUUCUUACCGCAUACUUGAAUGCAAACUAGACAUAAUUUAUAGAAUAAAUAUCUCUCUCCAUGUGCCUUCA